AUACAAAAUGCAUAAACUGCCUUUAAAUUUUCACUAUACACACUGAUGUAUCAGUUUCAAAAGGUAUCAACCUAUUUACCUACUGACAAAACAUCUAGAUCUAUUCAAACAUUUAUAAUGUUAUUGUAUUGUAAAAUACGGCCCUAACACCUGGCAUAGUUCCAAAAACAUUGAUGUUAGUUAGUAUUAGCUGGCUAUCCAAAAUUUUGGCAACACCACACUGCGUUUUGCUGUGGGUUGUAAACAUAUUUUCACCUUCAGACGUAAUCCGAAUUUCUAGGCGAAUAGUCAAUUUGCCCUGCAUCAAUUUAGAAUAUUUUAAAGGCAAUAUUGUAAUACGAUAUCCGAGACACCACAAACAAAGGAACAGCAGUGUUGCGGAAUUCGUCAUCGGGGUGUCCCGGUUCACUGCCGGGUGCUAUUUUCGACAAAACCCGGCCGGUCCGCCUGUGUUCAGCAGUUAAGCGUGGUCUGCGGCGUCCACGACUUGCGUCGGCGUUGCUGUUUCGUGCAAAGUGAAGUGCAUUGACAUCUAACAGUAGUGUGAUUCAUUAUCGACAGUUAAUCUUUGCAAACGAUUUAUUAGCAUCUGUUCCAAGUGCGUUCAUACUGUACUGUACACUUAAGGACGUACACCUUGACUCCGACACUGCGUUCGAAUUGAGAACACUUGCUUUGCCUUUUUAGUCGGUAGGCUACAAAUGUCGUCGGCAACGUAUCCAUGGAGGCUGGUCGCGUGUUCCGUAACCGUGACGACAGUCCUCGCCUGCCGGUGUUGAGCCUCGGACUAUCCAGUGUCCGCUGUAUUAUAAACAAACUCGAAUCCGAAUAUACGCGUGCAAUUGAAUGUAAAAGUUUUGAAACUCGCGAUCUAGUAAGAUACGAACCCUACAUCGAUGAAGAUUCCGCAGAAGACUUUCCGUUCGACGAAUCGAAUGGACGAGUCUGGAAACCAUUAGUUGUGAAUUUGGGACCCGCUUUAAGGAAAUGCAUUCCUAGAGUUACACUCGGGAAUUUCUGUUUACUCGCCCUAACAACAGGACUGCUUGCUCCAAGGAUGAUUUCAUAUUUGGUCGUAUAUCCAUUUUGCAGAUUAGUAUUUGGAACUCUGUAUCCGGCGUAUGCCUCAUAUAAAGCUGUACGGACGAAGAAUUUGAAGGAAUACGUAAAAUGGAUGAUGUACUGGAUAGUUUUCGCUUUGUUCACGUGCACGGAAACAUUCACUGAUGUAUUCCUAUCAUGGUUUCCGUUCUAUUACGAGGUGAAGAUUGUUUUAGUGCUGUGGCUUUUGUCGCCAGCAACGAAAGGAUCCUCCAUACUCUACAGAAAAUUUGUACAUCCGGCUUUGUGCAGGCGGGAACAGGAAAUAGAUGAGUACAUAGCGAAAGCUAAAGAUCAGGGCUACCAUACUGUGCUUAAUUUAGGCACAAAGGGCGUCAACUAUGCUACAACGGUCAUCAUGCAGACCGCUAUCAAGGGCGGCGGCGGGCUCGUACAGCAAAUCCGUAAAAGCUAUAGUCUAUCGGAUUUGACCGAGUGCGAGCCUCGUGAAGAGCGAGGUGAGGAUGAAGCGGACGACGUGCUCACCGAACCUAGACUGAUUAGACGUGGACCCAAAAGUGGUUAUCGUCGUAGUGCUUCCGAAUCGAACAGCCGACAGCCGAUGUAUUUUCCUGAAGUCGACGUGGACGUCAGAAGCCCCCGCCCGAGAACCGACGAACCCGAUUUCAGUCACAUAAAAUCGUCGGAGGACAUAAGUUCUGGUUACUCGAGUGCCGACAACUCGGGGUCGUUGACCCGCACGUCGUCGCUGGGCGCGUCGGCGAGAACUAAAGCCCGCCCGGUGCGGACCACGGUCACCACCAUCAAACGACCCCAAGCCGCCGAGGGAAGUGAAGUAAUCAUCGAGGAGCUACACGACGACGAUGCUUUUGAAUUUGCGAAUAUACCCCCCCUUGUACAAUACUCAACUCCCUUAUUCUUGUCCCACACUGACCCCCCGUUCUUAUACAAGUAUGUAGACAACCAAGUUAAAAUAUUACAAGUGCUAGGUAAUUACCCGUUACAAUCGAGUUCUAACAAUGAAUCCAACAAUGCAGAUACCUGGGACCAAAAAGAAGUUAAUUUUAAAGAAACUACGUUAAGCAAAGAUUCCGAAAAAGUAAUUGAUAAUGUAGAUGAAAAUAUUGUGGUAUAUGAAAGAAAACAAAAUAAUAAUUUGGACAUUCCGUUUCACUCUGAAGCAAAAGAAAAUAAGCCAAUUAACCAGCACGAAACACAUUCAUUUGUUGAUAAGAACAAUGAAACUUUAGUUUAUAACGUAAAUAGUGACGCCAAUAUUGAUAUUGAAGGACACGAAAAUAAAUAUACUAGUGCUAUAGAUACUGAUACCAGUGCUAUAGAUACUGAUACUAGAACUAUAGAUACUGAAACUAGAACUGUAGAUACUGACAACAUUAAUGUCCAAACUGAAGCAACAGUGGAUAUAUGCAGUAUCGAUUCAGCUGACGAUGAAGCCUCUUUCGGCACCCCUGAUAAUUCACCGAAAAGCAAAAGAAAGUCACCUAAAGGCAAAUAUGGCAAAGGCAAAGCGCCGCCGCCUCCGGUUCCUGCAGCGGAAAAACAAUUAAUACAACACGACAUCCACCAAACUGCAGAAGAUUUUUCAAAUAACAUGACAGAACUUCAAAAAUCUUCAAUAGAUAUAGCUAAUAAUACACGAGAUGAGAAAACUAUCAUAGAAAACGAUAGUGAAACACUCGGAGAUAGUAAACCUGCAAAAAGAGUGCGUGACAAAUCUAAAUCCCCAGCUAGAAUGCUGAUUAAUAGUUCUAGUAUAAGCAGACUGUUACAAUUGCCAGGUAAACUAGCUUUUUGGAGUAAAACUGAUGAUCAACACAGAUCAGAAGGUGGUGGGAAGGAAGGUGACGAUAAUGAUUCUUCAACAUCUACGUGCAAUAGUAGGAGAUCUUCUACGGCCGACAAAAUUAUUGACGAAUUUCAAAGCUGCCACGAUCUGAGUAAUCCUUGUGGUGUCACAAAAGUACCAGAAAUUGAAAUAACAUGUGAUCCUAAAGACUGCGUCGAAGCGUAUAACAAUGAAAAUAUAACAAAAACCAGUGAUGCGUUACAGAAAAUCAUUGAUGCAAAAUUGGAGAAUUAUCCGGAAUAUAAGUUUUUAUCAUUGCACGAAGAAAUACAGACAACAUCGAAAAGCACAGAUGUUUAAAAACCGUAAAUAAUGUAUUAUUUUUUUUGUUUGGCUUAGAAUGCAUGUGAAUAUUCUUAACUAUUUUGUAAAUUAGACUAAUAAACAUGAAUAAUUCUAAUUUUUUAAGUGUUGGUUUUAAAUUAUUGUUUUGCAUAAACUAUUGUGUUCUUUUUGUUGUCCGUUUGUGUUGUAUGUUUGAUAUAGACUUUAAUAACCGAAUAAAGAUUAAACAAAUACAUAAUCACUUGUAUAUUGCCGUCAGAAUAGUUGUUCAUCCUUGGCAGGUAUUUUGUGUUUUUGCUGAGAGUUUCUUUUUUUGUUAUAAAAAAAUUGGGUGCUUAUGCUUCUUUGAGCUAAUUCUCAAUGUACUCCUUUUAUUUCCAGGCAAUGCUGACGGCCUCUGCUACAAUACCCCGCGCAAAAAAAUCCAAUAAAA